AUGCCACCAAAUAUAAAUGAUCACAGCAGUAAAAAUACGAAAUCCUUUCAAAAUGCAAUAAUAGAAAAUGCGAAUUUAUUCAAAACUGAUAUCGAUUCUGAAGAUGAUAUUAGAAAUGGAAAAUCGAAAAAAACGCUUACUAAUAUAGCUGGAUACAUCAUUGAAAAAAAAGACAGAUAUGUUGACUCUAGUUAUCGACAUGGUUCCAUUUAUCAAAAAUGCAAUUUUAAAAAUAUUGAAGAUUAUUUGCACCUUGAUUAA